AUGGAGGAGCUCCGGGCGUGGCGGGGCCGCAUCGCGGCCGAGCUGGACGCGGCCGUGGCGUUCUGGGAGCGGCACUCGCACGACCCCGAGCACGGCUGGGCCGGGGCCGUGUGGGGCUGGGCCCGGGGGGCCCCCAUGGAAUUGGGGCGCCCCCGGUUUUCGGGGACCCCCCCCCAGCAGGCGCUGGCCCAGGCCCUGAUGGUGCUGAAGGUGGGGCUGCAGCUCUGGGGGGACCCCCGGAGGGACCCCCAAAAUCAGCCCGACCCCGAGGCCGAGGCCAUGGCGGAGUGGGGGGCGCGGCACGUCCUGAUGCACCUGCAGGCCUGGGCCCGGCGCUGGGCCGGGGCCGUGUGGGGCUGGGCCCGGGGGGCCCCCAUGGAAUUGGGGCGCCCCCGGUUUUCGGGGACCCCCCCCCAGCAGGCGCUGGCCCAGGCCCUGAUGGUGCUGAAGGUGGGGCUGCAGCUCUGGGGGGACCCCCGGAGGGACCCCCAAAAUCAGCCCGACCCCGAGGCCGAGGCCAUGGCGGAGUGGGGGGCGCGGCACGUCCUGAUGCACCUGCAGCGGGGGGACUCGGUGGUGCUGGAGAACGUCAGCCCCGAGGGGGAGGAGCUGCCGGGGAGCCUCGGGCGCCUCAUGAACCCCGGCCACGCCCUGGAGGCCGCCUGGCUGCUGCUGGAGUUUUCGGGGCGCCGGGGGGACGCGGAUUUGGGGGCCAGGGCGGUGGCAGCGCUGGUGGAGGGACCCCUGAAAUGGGGCUGGGACCCCCAGCACGGGGGGCUCUUCUAUUUCCUGGAUGCUGACGGGCACUGCCCCACCCAGGUAACCCCAAAAUCCACCUGGGACCCCAAAAUUCACAUGGGAAGCCCAAAAUUCACCUCACAAAUUCAGAAAAAAACCACUCAAGUGCUUCAAAAUGGCACCCAGGGAUUCCGUGACCCCGAGCACGGGGAGUGGUUCGGGUACCUGAACCGCGACGGCUCCGUGGCUCUCUCCAUCAAGGGGGGACCCUACAAAGGCUGUUUCCACGUGGCGCGGGCGCUGCUGAUGUGCGAGGAGAUGCUGGACGACAUCCUGGAAGGGGAGAAGCCUCCACAAUAAAUUUGGGAUUUGGGAACCCCCUAAAAAAAUUCGGGAACCCCCCAAAAAAUCAGGAAUUUCCCUGAAUGAAACUGAGAUUAACUCCCGAUAAUCCUGAUAAAAGUGGAGAGAGAAAAAAUUCAAAUAAAGGGAAAAAUAGACAAUAAUA